AUGAACGAGCUAUCCGUGAACGACGCCUUUGACGACAUCGAAGUUGAGUCUUUUGAUUUCAUUUGGGAAGAAUGGGAAGAGUACAAGGGAGAUGUGCCCCUAUGGCAACAUAUAUUCUGUGGAAGUAUAGCGGGGCUGAUGGAGCACGUUUUUAUGUACCCCCUGGACACGAUUAAAACGUAUAUACAAACGAACGAUCGUCUGAAGGGCAGCAGGAGGGCGUUCAGCAGGUGCAGCAUGUACAGCCAAACUGCCAAUAAGAGCAAUUUCAACGAUAUUAAGGCUCACAAAAGUGGCUUGCAUGUGGAUAAGAAAAAAUUUUGCACUUCUAGAGGGUGUGAUGGGUGCAUUUAUAAGAAGACAUGUACUUAUGGCAACUUUUGUAAUAUGAAGAUGAUGGAUCCGUUUAAUAGAAAAGGUUUUUUCCACUCCAGCACACUUGGUGCUACAUCAGAUGUAAUGAGAAAGAGUAAACACAAUUUGGGAAAAUUCCUUUGCGGAGGUUUAAAUGUAGAACAGAGGGGAGUAAUGGCCCACGUAGUAAAUAAAAAGUUUCAACCGCGUAGAUACCAUAGUAGAGUAAUGAAUAAACACUUUGCCGCGGAUAGUAGAAGUGUUAACCCGGGCAAAUGUGGUAGUGGCCAGUAUAACCAGUUGGCCAGAUUGAGAAAGUACCGAGCAUGCAAUUUGUUUGACAAACCUCCCGGGGAUGGUGGUGACAGCCGCGCUGUGGGUAACUCCAAGAAUAUGAGUAUCCAUUCGUUAGCCAGAAGUCCUGGUAGGAUGGGGAGGAAUACCUUAAGCAGGGCUAGAAGCGGAGGAACUGGGCCAGCAAAGCAAGAAAUGAGAAACUUCCAAAGGUUUGGAAUGAGUUGCGACACGUCUGCUAGUGCUACUACGAAAUGGCAGCGUAGGGGAAACACUAAUAGGAUCGUAUGUAAUAAUCUUACGAAGGAUGGUUGCCCCUCACCAGUUAAUCGCACAGAAAUUAACCACGUGAACUUAAGAAAAGUCACGGGGAGAAUUAUUUUCAAAAAGGGCAGCAACGGUGCAUCCAUGGGGGGGAGGAAAAUUCAGUACCAUAAAUGUGAUGCGAAUGGAGAAACAGUGAAAAGUUAUAAUCCUGCACAGAAGGGCUACAUUGAAAUGAAGCCAUUUCUCCGCAAGGUGGGGGCAAAUCACGUAAUAAAAAAAAAAGGGAAUUUAGGGGGGAUAGAAAGGAUAAACAGUGUUUUACUAAGUGAUUUUUUGCGAGGAUGUACCCAUAGAACGAGUAACAUAAGCAGUAACGCGCAUUUGAUGCGUGUCAAGAGGAACAACGGUCCAUCUUUGAGGAGGAAUUUAAAAGGUGGCGCCGUUCCCAGCACAGCGAAUGGUAAGAGAUAUGUGAUAAGUGAGUCUAACAAAAUGGGAAAGAAAACCAAUUUCUCUUUUAUUUUCUCGGAAGAGAAAUGCCUAAGUAGUGGCAACACUGGUGGCCGCAACAAACCGCGGUUAAGCAAUUAUUUGAAGCUGUUCCAAAGGGCAGGUAAGAAUCCCCAAUUUGAUGGUUGCCUUCCCAGUGAGGCACUUAAAAAAGGUUAUUAUAUGUUCCAAAAAAAUGAAUGGAAUUUUUUCACCCCCGUUUUGGAAAAUAUGAAGAAGGGUCUCCUCCCAACCAAGUGGUGCAAUAUUACCCUCAGCACGCCGCCUCUCUCUAAUGGCAAAGCAGUGAUCAUGAGGAAGGAUGGCUUCAAUUCAUACUACUCCCUGUUAAGAAACAAUAACAACGUAUUUCAUAAUAACUUAUGUUACGUAACCAAAAGUUAUAACUACAGAAACCUGUUUGACAGAAGUAUCCACUCUUCUUCAAGUAAAAAUAAUUUUUACAAAAAUAGGAACUCCAAUUUUAGCUACUCCAGGAUUGGGAGAAAUGGGAAAAGCUUCAACUUUAUUAGGAGCCUAUUUCCAGACAUGUCCAACGGAGUGAACAUAACGACCAGGCAAAACUGCAGUUUGAUAAGAAGCAAUGUGGCUAAUCUGUACAAGGGGGUUAAUGUCGUCGUGUUAGGAUGCAUUCCUGCGCAUGCCAUGUAUUUCUCUACAUUUGAAUAUAGUAAGAAGUAUUUCUCCAGUGUGUGCUCUAAGAAUGCGCCUGUGCAAGUGCAGGCCGGUGGGGUUAGCCGCGUAGAAGGGGCAAAUCACCAUCUUGAUAGGAAGAAAGGUGAGGGGGUGAACUACAAAUUGGGAGACCUAAACUAUUUUGGCAUAGCCAUAUCUGGAUUUUUAGCAACCAUCGCGCACGACUUGAUUAUCACCCCCAUAGAUACGCUAAAGCAGAGGUUGCAGUUAGGCAUAAGCAAAAACUCCCUAGAUUCGAUAAAGAUCCUCAGGGAACAUGGGAUCAGGAGUUUAUACCUAAGUUUGCCAAUAACCCUGCUCAUGAAUAUCCCCUACCAAAUCAUCAUGAUAUGCACGAAUGAAAAAAUGAAGAAAGUUUACUUUGAAUAUUUUUGCGGCAUGAGUCGGUUGGGUAGGAAUAACAGUCAGGGUACGUGUACCACUGGUGGGAGCAGCGAUAGGAGUGGCGCCGUUGCAGGAGGUGGAUGUACCAGCGGAGAGGCAAAGGAGGAGAGCAACAGUACAUCUACGGGCAGUGGUACCUACCGUCUGCACAGUAGUCAAGAGAAACGCAGCGAAGGAGGCGGUUCUUCGGACAAUUCACUCAGCCGCAAUAGUGACAAAUGGAUCAAGUUGUUCAUCGAGCAGGACAUAGACUCGGUAAAUCAUUUGAGUAAAAGUCGCGCGCAAAAGUAUGUGCCAAAUGGGGGGGAACACAUUUUACUGACUAGCCAAGCAGCAUUCGAUGGGGAACAAACGAACGAGGAAAUUUUAUUUAAAAAUGUAAUCAACAAGUUAGAAAACAGCUCAAUUAGUGACCUUUCAGAAAAUCAUGACCGUAAGGUAGGCGACUCGUUUAGCUUUACCGGGGCGAAGUGCGAUAAUGUACAGUUGAAGAAUAUGUGGCUAGGCAACUACAACAGUGAUGAUAAGAAGGAGAGGAGGAGGAAUGAGUUCUUUAACAAACCGUUUAAUCACAUCACAUCCUACUUUGUGUGCGCAGGAAUUGGCGGCGGAAUAGCCGCCGUGGUGACAAAUCCACUUGACGUUAUUAAGACGAGGAUUCAGACGGAGUGCUUCAACGCAAAAGGUUUCAAUUUUUAUCGAGUGGUAUCGAAUUUAUAUCAUAAGGAGGGUUUUCGUUCCUUUUUCAAGGGAUCCAUGGCCAGAAUGGCCCUGUGCAUUCCUGCUUCGGCCAUAUCGUGGGGGACGUACGAAACGAUGAAGCGCUUUUUCAAGGUUAACUUCAAUUCGGCGUAG